UGUGUGUGUCUUGGUAUGCAUAUGUCUGUGUGUGUUGACAAGGAGAUGCAGUGUUGAUCCAUGUGCUUGAAGACAAGUGAUUUUUUGGGGGGAUUUUUUUGUGGUUUGCCACAGACGUAACUUUUUCAGAGUCAUUUAAGGACCCUCUGCUCCGUCUUGUGCCGGUGUCGACUCCCUCAACAGGAUGACAUGGCGUCCUCAGUACCGCAGCUCCAAGUUCCGCCACGUGUUCGGUAAGCCCGCCGUCAAGGAUAGCUGCUAUGACGGCGUGCCAAUCACACGCAGCGUCCAGGACAACAACUUCUGUGCCGUCAACCCACGUUUCCUGGCAGUCAUCACUGAGUGCGCCGGGGGAGGGGCUUUCCUGGUCUUGUCCGUCCAUCAUACAGGUAAAGUGGAUCCUCACCAACCCCGAAUAUCGGGCCACAAAGGAAAUGUGUUAGACGUCAAAUGGAAUCCAUUCAACGACUACUGCAUCGCCUCCUGUUCUGAGGACACCACGGUGAAAGUGUGGGAAAUCCCUCCUCAUGGCGUGCUGAAGAACCUCACAGUCCCGUGGAAGGAGCUCCAGGGUCACAGCCGCAGAGUGGGCCUCAUCGAGUGGCACCCCACUGCUAACAACAUCCUCUUCAGUACGGCCUAUGACUACAAGGUGAUGAUCUGGAACCUGGACUGUCCAGAGCAGGUGAUCAAAAACCCCGUACGGACAAUCAGCCACCACACAGACGUCGUCCUCUCUCUGUCUUUCAACACGGACGGCAGCCUCUUCGCCACCACCUGCAAGGACAGGAAGGUCCGAAUCAUAGAGCCGCGCUCAGGAAACCUACUGCAGGAAGCCAACUGUAAGACGCACAAAGCCAGCAAGGUGCUGUUCCUGGGAAACCUGAAGAUGCUCUUCACAUCGGGAACUUCUCGCUGGAACGACCGACAGUUUGCUCUUUGGGAUCAGGAUGAUUUGUCUGUGCCUUUGCUAGAGGAGAACCUGGAUGGUUCUUCAGGAGUCCUUUUUCCUUUCUACGACCCCGACACUCACAUGCUCUACCUUGCUGGAAAGGGUGACGGAAAUAUGAGGUACUAUGAGAUCGGCUCGGAAAAACCUUACAUCCACUACCUAACAGAGUACCGCUCACACCAACCUCAGAAAGGAAUGGGUGUGAUGCCUAAGAGAGGUCUGGACGUGAGCUCCUGUGAGGUUUUCAGGUUCUACAAACUGGUGACAACCAAGAGUCUCAUCGAGCCUCUCUCCAUGAUCGUCCCCCGCAGGUCGGAGUCAUACCAAGAUGACAUCUAUCCGAUGACGGCUGGCAACAGGCCGGCUCUGUCUGCAGAGGAGUGGCUCAGCGGCAUCGAUAAAGGUCCGGUGCUGAUGUCUCUGAAGCCUGGAAGUCAAAUAGCAGAGUCGUACUCGGAGAUGGGUAAGGGGCUGGGAAACACACUGGACACGCGGCGGUCUCACAGCAGACCAGGCAUGCUGCAGCUGGCCUACAUUCAGGACAAACUGGAGACCAAAGAGGGAAAGGAGGACGGCGGCAACACAGAGGAGGAGAGGAGCUGGACGCCCGUCAGCAACGGAGAAGACUACGGACUCUGCUCUCCACCCAAGUCAGAGAAUGAGCUGCGUCUGAAGUUCCACAAGCAGCAGGAGGAGAUCAGACGGUUGCGGGAGCUUCUCAACCAGAGAGACGUACACGUCACACAGCUGGAGCUGGAGAUAAAGAACAUGAAAAACUCCCAGCCUCACCAGGGCUCACUUUGAGACUUGCCCCCCCCCCACAGAGUCACUUUCACCCCCUCAUGGACCACAUGCAUUACUGUACAAACGCACUAACCCCAUCUUCAAACCACCGCACCUCUGCCCUUUCUCACUCACUGCACAGGGGGGAUUUACACCUCUACUUUAGGUUUCCUUUCUGUCUGUUCCUCACACGGUGCACAUAUUUUCUGUUCAUGCACACACACUCAGACAGUGACUCUCACCCAGCUGUAAUACAAAGUGAAACUCUUUGCACCUGUUGACUUUUACCCUGUUUCUUUUGUACGCUUCACAGCUAUGCAAGUUUAUUGUAAUUUUUAGCUUUUCUAUGCUGUUUGUAGCUGAAAAAUAAAAAGGUUGUCUGUGCCUGUCUUGACUGAAUGAUGUGGCUGCCUGAUGUUUGAAAGUUGUUGCAGGGCAGGACCAGACGUGGUGUGAUUGUACGAUAACGCUACAUUUUAUUUUUUAUGCUUGGUGAUUGUUUUUUUUCUUCCAAUAUUUAAACUACUGUAAGUGGAGAUGGCUGUGGUGUUUUAAUGUAUGUUUGCUUGGAAGGAGCGCGAUCUAAAUGAAUGCCGAUAUCAUGAUCCUCGCUGUGUUUCGUUGAGCUGCAUAUUUUUUAUGUUUUUUUGUUUUUUUAAUGACUGGAAAAUUGGUGAAUAAUUAAUCUGUUUCACAGCAGCUAUUGUGUAAGCCAUGUCUGUAACUGAUGCCAUGUACCAGUUCUUAAUUUUUAUAUUUAUUUUAAAAAUACAGUCAAAGAAAAAAUACAAUCAAAUCGAGUUCUUGAAUUCACAAUUGUAAUGUUGCAAUAUACAGCAUGCAAACUGUUUUUAAAAAGACUGAAAGAUCGCUUUCAUUUUUCCUGAUGUGGAAUCACUGUGAGAAAACUUUAAAGCCAUCGUAGCUCCGGAGCCCUGCACCACUUCUGGGUUUGUUUUCCUCCAGAUUUCAGCUCUGAAUGUAUUUUCCUAAAUAGGGUGUCUUUUUUUUGCUCUCUGUAAAAAAAAAUGAAACAUAUCACUGGGGUUUAUUAGUCAUGUUUAAGCUGAAAGAGUAUCUAAUACUGUAAGUGGAUAGUCAAAUCGGAGCAUCCCAAUGCUCUAAUAAGUAAUAAUGCAAGUUAAGGUGGGAAAUAAAUAUAUGUUAUAAGAUAAUGACAUUUUUACCUUGUACACCAUUGUGGCAAUUCCUCUAACAUCUCAGUCAUUAAAUCACGUUUUUUUUAUUUGUCAA